AUGGAGCCUGAGAUUCUUGAGCCCUCAUGGUCGUACAGUGAAGGUAUAACAAUAAGCUCAGCUUUUGAUCAAGAUGAGGCUUAUGACUUCAACGUGGACGCCCUUUUGUUCCCCACUUCAGAGGCUACGUCUUCUACAAUCUCGUACACUGAUCACGUCUAUCGCCCAAUUGAUGAAGAACACGACCUUCAACUCCCAUCACUGAUUGGAAAUUCCUCUAUGGAUCUUGUGAACUUGUGUUCUGAGGGAGAAGAUGCAUGGAGUCCAACCCCAUCGAUGCAAUCAGACAUAUUUACAGUAGUACAACCACAAGCAUCACUGAUCAUACCAGAAGAAGACAUGGAGAUGGAGAACCAAUUGAGUCUUCCUCAUCUUCUGGAAGCCACUGGAGAAGCCUUAGAGCAAGGACAGAAAACACUUGCGCAAGUGAUUCUGAGAUGCAUCAGCCACAAAGUAAGCCCUCUUGGUGAUCCUCUUGAACGUCUGGCAUUCAAUUGGUCCCAAAAUCAUGAUCCUACUGAGCAAGGGAGUUCCAUCAAACAGGAGGCCUGCAAGAUGUUCCACCACGUUUUCAAGGCUAUCUACCAAGGCCUCCCACAUGGCAAAAUUGCUCAUUUUGCAGCCAACUCAGCAAGCAUAGAAUUUAUACCAGAGGAUUCAGAAAUCAUACAUGUAAUAGACUUCGAUAUGGGAGAAGGGGUUCAAUGGCCGCCACUGAUAGAGGCUAUUGCUCAUCAACAAAAGACAUUGAAACUAACGUCAAUCAAAUGGGAAGAAGAUGAUAGCUUUGAUACCAAUUUUGCUUCAACCCAAUGGAAAUUUGAAGAAAUCAGAAGGAAACUCUACGAGCAUGCCAAAUCAUGUGGUUUGAAUUUGAAGGUGGAGGAACUGGCGGCAGAGCUCAAAAAAUGGAACGAAAGGGGCGGGCAUGGAAAUGGAAAGAGAAAUUUCGUGGCCUUCAAUUGCAUGGUGGGUCUUCCACACAUGGGCAGGGUCAGAAGUAGGAGCCAUGUCUCGGAAUUUCUGCAAGUAGCCAGGGAUUUCAUCAAAAGUUCAACUUCCAAGAGGGGAAUUAUAGCUUAUGGUGAUGGAGAAGCCUGCGAGAAGCCAAGAAAUAGCACCAACUUCAGGACUUUCUUUAAUGGCCAUUUGGAGCAUUACCAUACUUUAUUAGAAUCCAUAGAAUCAAAUUUCCCAUUCCAAUUCUCAGAGGCAAGAACAGCUAUGGAGAGUCUGUUUGUGGCACCAUAUAUGUCAUGGGAGGGAUGCUAA